AUGGGCAAACAUAAGAAGGUUUCUAUAUUCAAGAACUAUUUAUUAAAUACUUCGUUUCAUGGAUUUAGAUUCAUCGUUGAUGACAAACGACAUUGGUCAGAGAGAAUAUUUUGGACGAUUUGCGUCACUUUGAGCUGGAUAGCGGCCAGUUUACUGAUAUAUUCGGCCUACGAUGAUUUUUUACACAACGCUAUCAGUUUCGUCGUCGAUACGAGCUUUCUAGAAUGGGACACUCAUUUUCCAACCGUUGUAAUUUGCGAAACUGACAAUGAAGACAACAUUGCAACUGUUACUGAUAGGGUGUUCGGUGACCCACAUGAUUACAAUCUGGAUGAGAUAGUGAAAGAAUUGGUAUUUUACAAAGGCCUUUCAUUGUAUACUCUACAAAUUUGCGGUCCAAAUUUGGGCGAUCAAAGAGAUAAAAAUUGUUUUAUAAAGAAUUUGAGCUAUUAUCACGAUGAGGUAAAGAGUUCUUGUAAAGACAUUUUUCACGGUUGUCAAUGGAACGAAGUCAAAUUUGAUUGUUGUACGUAUUUCAAUGAGAUAUAUACAGAAAUGGGAAGAUGCUAUGGUAUAAAUACAAUGCAAUCGAGAAAAAAAGAUGUACCGUUCUAUAAAAUGGUGUCGAAUAAAAAAUCAGGACCUGGAAAAUUGUUGUUGGAAGUCAAAGGGAUUACAAAUUUGUAUACUUUGGGCACGUUGGAAAUACCGUCAUUGUCUAGUUUUGCUGGCGACACCAUAUCACUAUCUCCACACAUUCAUUUUAGAAGGACUUUCGCAAUAAAAGAAAUAGACAAUCAACCUGAAGUAAGGGACGUCAGUAUAGACCAGAGAAAUUGUCGCUUUCCCGAAGAAACGUAUUUAGACGUUUUUCCUUACUACAGCUACAGCGCCUGUUGCGUCCAAUGCCGCAAAGACGCACAAUUUAAAAAAUGUGGAUGCGUUCAUCAUCUUAUGCCGAACACGCCUUUUGAAAAGCAAUGCGAUUUGAAAGGUAUCAAAUGUCUCAACAAAUAUUACAACGAAAUUUCCAUUUUGAAAGCAUCAUGGUCAAACAGAAUCGGCCUGGUAUGUGGAUGUUUGCCUAGCUGCAACGAAAUUGAACUAUCCACAAUAAGAGACGAAAAACGAGGGUAA